GAAGAUUAAAUUAUUUGUCAGUGUUAGUUUUGACAUAAUUUUUUAUGUAUUACAUAUUUAGUGAAAGUGGUUCCUAAUUAUUUUAACGAUAUUGAAUACUUUGUUAAUUAUACAUCUUAUGUUUUUGAGAAAGUGUACUUUAAGUCGAGGUGUACCAUAUUGAAAGGUUAUGUUAUGAUCUGAUAGUAUUCUGGGAAUAGUCAAAAAAACAUUAAUAAACAAUGGUGAAAAUAUAUUGUCUCAGUGUUUUAUAUAAAGGACCAACAACUGCGACCUGGUUAAAAUCGGGUUUCGAGCUUCAAAGCUUCAGCUUUUUCCAAAGAGGGUCAAUUCAGGAGUUUAUGUCAUUCUUUUGCAAAACCAUAGUGGAAAGAACAAUACCAGCUUCCAGACAGAGUGUUAAAGAAGGAGAAUAUUUGUGUCAUGUAUAUGUAAGAGCUGACAACUUAGCUGGUGUUAUGAUAACUGAUCAUGAGUACCCAUCAAGAGUUUCUCACACACUAAUAACAAAAGUACUAGAUGAAUUUGCUGCCAGAAUUCCCGCAGCUAACUGGCCCAACCUUGAGGAGAGAGAUGUAGCAUUUCCACAAUUAAAUACCUACUUAGCAAAAUAUCAAAAUCCUAGAGAAGCAGAUGCUAUGACUAAAAUUCAAGAAGAUCUUGAUGAAACGAAAAUUAUUCUGCAUAAUACCAUACAAGCAGUUUUGGAACGAGGCGAGAAACUUGAUGACUUGGUGAGCAAGUCGGAAGGUUUAAGCAUACAGUCCAAGGCAUUCUACAAGACAGCGAGAAAAACGAAUAGUUGUUGUAAUUUUACAUAGAUAGGCGCAUAUACCCAUUCCAAAUAAUUAAAUGUAACAUUUGUAUUUAUUUUUAAAAGUGAUAUAUUGUUAUGGUGUAAUAUCUGCAAAAGAGCUUAUAGUUGUGGAAAUAUAUGUUUAUGGAAUGAUCUAG